AUGCUAGCAAGCUCGUCGGGCGCAGCUCUGCUUCGGCAGGCAGCGAGCACCAGCAGACCCGUUUGGGCACGGGCUCGUCUUCAAAGCUCGGGGAAGACCGCGGUGCCAACAAGCUCUUGCGCAGCUUGUGCAGGGCUGAGAUCCGCACUGCCAUCCAGGAAUGCCUCCUCGUCCACAUCCACCGCAUUUCCCACCUAUUCUUGGAAACCUCCUUCGCAGCCUCGAAACAAGUCUAAAAGCACCUCCGCUGCCUCUUCCUCUUCUGCUCGAAGCGAUGCGUCGAGCUCGGCAUCCGAGCAUCAUGGUCCACAUGGAAAAGGAUCGGAUAGCAGACCCUUCCGAAAGACUUAUCCUCCGCCCGCAGCUCAGCCCGAUCCCAUCGUUUUCGACAAGCCUGCCGUUCCCAAUCCAGCCGAAACGCAGCAAGCGCAUGCCAAGUUCAGAGAGACGAGCCGAAAGGGGGCUGUAGCUGCUGCCGUGCUGUUGGGAGCAGCUGCGGCUGCUUGGUUCACUUACUCGAGCGUGUAUGCGGAUGAAGCGCACGGUCAGCGACAACAUCCUGCCCUCAAGGGCAUCGACAUCUCGGUGGAGGAGAUGGAGAAGAGGGUCAAAGAGGCAGAAGCUGGCAAAGGUGCUGGAAAUUAUACCGUCAUUGCCGUCAAGAGGUGAGAGCAGCCGGUAUACCAAGCAUCCCAAUCACGACUGUUCCGAGCAUGCGCUAAUCUCGCAAGGCUGCUUUCAUUCCUCUUCUACGCCCGCGCUCGCACAGAUGCACAGUGAUCGCCACUGCAGUGGCCCUGUGCGUGUGGGACUACCGAAAGACGCUCAACGCCAAGUACGAGUCCAAGGAGGCAGAGCAAGCCGAAUUGGACGAUUGUCAUCUGCGCUCUGCGCAUAGAUUGCUGGCAGCCCUGCAAGAGAAUGGAGGAUUGUACAUCAAGUUGGGUCAACACAUGUCUUCCAUCGCAUUGCUUCCCUUGCAGUAUACUCAGACGCUUCGGCCUUUGCAAGAUGCCAAUGAACCUAGUCCGCUACCAGCCUUGGAAGCCAUGUUCAGGCAAGAAACAGGAUCCACAUUUCAGGAAAUGUUCUCCGAAUUUGACGCAAACCCUUUGGGCGUCGCGAGCCUGGCCCAGGUACAUCGAGCCAAGGAUAGAAAAACGGGACAGUGGAAAGCUGUGAAGCUCAUGCAUCCCGAGGUGGAGAGAUUCAGCAUCAUCGAUGUCAAGACUGUGAAUGUCCUCGUGAAGUGGGUCAAGCGCAUAUUCCCUCAAUUCGAGUUCACCUGGCUGGCCGAGGAGAUGAAUGAGGUGAGCAGCCUUGCGUGCUGUGAAUCAGCAAGGCGCGCGCUGCCAGCUUACCUGCCUGCGCUGCGUGGCCGACUUAGAAUCUACCUCUGGAAUUGGACUUCCGCCACGAAGCGGAAUCUUCCCGCAAGAUGGUGUCGGACUUUGCCCACUACAAAAAGACGGCCAUCUACAUUCCCAAAGUGGAGCACGUGUCAAAGAGGGUCAUGGUCAUGGAGUACAUCGACGGCAGGAGGCCCGACGACCUGAAUUAUCUUCAGAAGCACGGAAUCGACAGAAAUCGCGUCAGUCAGGAAUUAAGCAGGGUCUUUGCUCAGAUGCUGUACAUGCACGGAUUUUUCCACGGAGACGUGAGUUCAAAUGCGCUCGGAGGAAGAAGAGACGCUCUGAGAAGCGAGACUUACAUGCGAUAGCAAUGGUGCCCCGCAGCCUCACGCUGGCAAUGUGCUGAUCCGGCCGGCGUUGCCUGGAAGCAGAAGCCCGUACAACUUCGAGCUCGUUCUGCUGGACUUUGGUCUUACAUUUGACAUCGACAAAAAGUUGCGCACGGACUAUGCACGUUUCUGGCUCGCGCUCUUGUCUCCUAGCACCCCCAGAGUGCAAGAAGAGCGUCGAAGGCUGGCUUCUCUCAUUGCGAAUAUCCCCGAUGAGCUCUAUCCCAUUUUGGAGAGCGCCAUCACGGGAAAGAGUGGAUUGGAGGGUAGCGACCCCAGCAAUCCUCACGGAGUCAAGGGCAGACCGAGAGCCAGUAGUCUGCUCGAUCAGCCCGUGACCUCCGGAAAAGAUGUGAGCGACGAAGAGCAGGAGCACAUUCGCGACGUGAGUAGGUUCUGAGACCUGCAAGAGAUUCCAUGCAGCUGCCGCUCAUACACGUUUGUCGUUUGUCGCAGACCGUCAUGGCGAAAGAAGGCCUCUUCGUCUCCAUCCUGGACAUGCUUCGGCGCGUCCCUAGACGGAUGCUCAUGGUUCUGAAGAUCAACGACCUCACGCGUUCACUUGACUACAAUUUACACACGACGCACGGUGCUGCCAGACCCUUCAUUAUUGCUGCUAGGUACUGCGCCUUGGCAGUCUGGGAUGAUGAUAGGGAGAAUCUGAGAAGGAGAAGAAAGGAGCAGGGCUUGAGCCUCGGCUUGAUCAGGGAUUGGAUCGGGGCUUGGUGGAGCUACUUUGUGAGCUGAAGCUUGUGCCUCGAGCAGGAGCUGAGCCUGCGAUCGCUGACUCGUGCCUCUUCUAUUUCUCAAAGUACUUCUACCGAGGAUUAUCGAUAAUGGAAGCGUGAGUACUGACGUGCCUUAAGGUCUUGAGUUUGCCUGUUGACAGCCUUUCGCUUUGGUCGGUGCGACGUUUGGCAGCCUGUCAGACUUCAACGCCCGUCGACGUAAAGUCUUCAGCUUUACUCGAGCUUUUGCAGUGGGAGGAGACAGAUCUUCGGCACUCAGAGCCGCUUCUGGAGUGGAUUCGCAGGCUAGCCAGAGGUUGAAGGAGCAGGAAGCGAGCGAGAGGGCCAUCAAGGCGAUCAAGGAUGAGCUUCAUGGUGAAGAUGUGCAAUGA